AAUUUGAAGAUAUCCGCCGGAAAAUUCGUAAAUUUGACCCUUCGUCUUCGGAAAUGGCGGCUAUUUCUCCGGCGAAUGCAACCACCGCUGCUUCACUCUCCCUGCCUCAAUUUAGCUCAACUUCUUCCUCGUUAUCUUCUUCUUCGUCUCCAUCGUUUCUUAAUUUCAAAACUGCUUCAGUCAGUAAUCGCUGCAUCAAGUGCGGAGUCAGAAGCUUAGAGAACCACUCUGGUCACCGGAGCCUCGAUUUCUUAUCCAAUGGGGAUCCGAUCAGCCUAAUUAAUCCGAAUUCAUCGUCUCCUAUAACCAUGGCCGCGGCGACGUCGGAAUCCGGUUCGAAGAGCUCUAAGCGCGUCUGUCUCUUCCACAGCGACGAGACUAGAGAUCUCGCCGAGAGAAUCGUCGCAAAAUCUGAUUGCAUUGAGCUACGAAGCAUCAAUUGGAAGAAAUUUGAUGAUGGAUUCCCUAAUUUGUUCAUACAAAAUGCUCAAGGCAUUCGUGGGCAGCAUGUUGCUUUCUUGGCUUCAUUCAGUUCACCUGCUGUGAUCUUCGAGCAGCUUUCGGUUAUUUAUGCUCUGCCUAAGCUUUUUGUUUCUUCGUUUACACUUGUUCUUCCAUUCUUUCCUACUGGAACUUCUGAGAGAAUGGAAGACGAAGGAGAUGUGGCCACUGCUUUUACUCUCGCUAGGAUACUCUCUAAUAUUCCGACUUCGAGAGGAGGACCGACUAGCCUAGUGACCUUCGAUAUACAUGCCUUGCAGGAAAGAUUCUACUUUGGUGAUACUAUACUUCCAUGCUUUGAAAGUGGUAUACCAUUGCUCAAGAGCAGACUCCAGAGUCUACCUGAUUCUGAUAACAUAUCUAUUGCAUUCCCAGAUGAUGGAGCAUGGAAGCGUUUCCACAAGCAACUCCAACAUUAUCCAACGGAUUUAGUAAGCUGGAUUUAAUUCAGGAGCUUGUUCUUCAAGCUUACAUUAGAUCUAACUCCAAAAGAAGCAUUGCAUCAUCCAAUCUUGUACAGAAAAUCUGUACAUUAACCUUUUGACUUACCAAGUAAUCCUACUUAACGUUCAGAUUGUUUGCAACAAAGUAAGAAUGGGAGACAAACGAAUAGUGCGUAUCAAAGAGGGAGACGCUGAAGGAAGGCACGUCGUGAUUGUUGAUGAUUUGGUUCAGUCGGGUGGCACAUUAAUCGAAUGCCAGAAAGUCUUAGCUGCACAUGGAGCAGCGAAGAUAAGCGCAUAUGUAACACACGGGAUCUUCCCCAGGAGUUCAUGGAAACGUUUCAAGCUUGACACCAAAGGUGAUCCCGCGGAAGGUCUGAGCUAUUUCUGGAUCACAGACUCGUGUGGGAUGACUGUGAAAGAGGUGAUGAAUAAACCUCCUUUUGAAGUUCUUAGCCUGGCUGGCUCCAUAGCUUCUGCUCUUCAAGUUUAAGCUUAUGUGAUUCGAGAAGAAAUCCAGCCGCAAGUAAUUUUUGGGUUUGAACAAAUCUGAUUUAUAAACUUUGGUGUAUAGUUCUCGAUCAAAGCAUUUUCCACGGAAGAGGUUAUUUGUUGUUAAUGUUCUGUAGGAAAAUCCAAUAAUGUAAUAAUGUUUCUUCUGUCAAAGAGAGAAAAAAAAAACAAUGUUUCAUUUCACUUCUUUUAUACUUGUUGAUAGACAGAAAAUUCCUUUGGAAAAUAAAGUUUCUUUUAAGCGUC